AUAAGUGUGUACUGCUGCAGGCGAAUGUUCACCACAGCAGUGCAAUACUCCACUAGCCUUUAUUGUCUUACUGGCGGAGGUUAAGUGCCGUAGUGUGGGACGUGAGGCGGUAGGGGCGAGGUUGUGUUGAUGCCAUGAAGGGGGGCAUACUGCUGCUCAACAUAUACCAGACGGCAGUACUGUAAAGCCUCUUCAUCUAGUUACUGACUCCUCAUCGCAUUGUUUGUAGUGGCAGUGAUUUGUUUAUAUGAAGUGUUGGUGACAGUGACACAGUAGUGAUGAAUAUGUAGCUGUCACCCGGUUGGUCGUGGAGAGCACUUUACACUCUCACAUUUACUCCAAUACUUGACAAAUGUUUGUGAAUUUUCCAGAAAUAUACAUUGCAAUAUGUGAAGUUAAUUACAAAAAAAAACAUUUGGAAUUAAAAUGUCAGGAAUUACAGUACAUUUAUUUUAUUUGCAAAAAGAUAAUUAUUGAAGUUUGUAUAUCGAGCAUUAUGCUUGCUUUAAUGUGUAUUGUGUCUGCCUAAUUGAAAAGGGUGCUUGCGGAUUUGUGGUAAACAGUAGUUGUUUGGAAGGUCACAUUAUUAUCUAUUUCAUUAGUUAAACAAUUAUCUUGCAAAUUACCUUCCAUUCAGAUCGAGGUGAAACUUGAGGCUCACUGAUAACAAAAUAUAUGUACAUUUCUUUUGUUCGUUUAAUGUUUGUGAACGUAUCGAAUAUUAAUAUGUAUUUUUUGUGUUUGAGAAGAGUUGGUGGCAGUAUUCUGGAGCAGAUUUAAGCAAGACUUCAAUAAAUGGCUGAUCAGAUAGACAACAUGGUUUCUCCAAUGGAUGAUCAAGAUAAACUUCUCGAUGAAGCGAUGGGAGCAGUUCGAGGCCAGGCAUUCCAAAUGAAACGAUGUUUAGACAAGGGUCGCCUAAUGGAUGGACUGAAACAUGCAUCAAAUAUGCUUGGAGAACUGAGAACAUCACUUCUUUCCCCUAAAACCUAUUAUGAACUCUACAUGUGCAUUUGUGAUGAACUACGUCACUUGGAAAUGUACCUCAUUGAUGAGUUUCAGAAGGGCCAGCGUGUUGCCGACUUAUAUGAACUGGUUCAGUAUGCUGGGAAUAUUGUACCUAGACUAUAUCUGCUGAUCACAGUUGGCUUGGUGUACAUAAAAACAAACGAAACGUGCAAGCGUGAUAUCUUGAAGGAUCUAGUGGAGAUGUGCAGAGGAGUACAGCAUCCCCUUCGUGGACUAUUCUUGAGGAACUACCUCCUUCAGUGCAGUCGUAAUAUUUUGCCAGAUGUUGAUGACCCUCCUUCUGGACACAACUCGGAAGAUUUUCCAUCAGGUUCUAUCUCAGAUAGUGUCGACUUCAUUUUAAUGAACUUUGCCGAGAUGAAUAAGUUGUGGGUGAGGAUGCAGCACCAGGGACAUUCCAGGGACAAAGACAAGAGAGAGCGUGAGAGGCAAGAGUUGCGUAUUUUAGUGGGGACUAACCUGGUCCGCUUGUCACAGUUAGAGUUCGUUGAUGUGCACAGAUAUAAGCGGAUGGUUCUUCCAGGGAUCUUGGAACAAGCUGUUAGCUGCCGUGAUCCACUCUCUCAAGAAUAUUUAAUGGAAUGCAUCAUCCAGGUGUUUCCAGACGAAUUUCACCUUCAGACACUAAGUGCAUUUCUUAAAGCCUGUGCUGAGCUCCAUGCCGAAGUCAAUGUCAAGAAUAUUAUCAUAUCUCUUAUAGAUCGUCUGGCUAAUUUUGCUCAUCGUGAAGAUGGAACUGGAAUCCCUGAUGAUAUCAAACUAUUUGAAAUCUUCUCCGAGCAAGUCUCCCAAGUUAUCAAGUCCCGACCAGAUAUGCCCAUGGAGGACACUGUUAGCUUACAAGUCUCCCUUGUCAAUUUGGCACAGAAAUGCUAUCCAGAUGAAAUAGAGUAUGUGGACAAAGUGUUGCAGAAUACACUGGAAGUUUUUCAGAAAUUGAAUAUUGAUAAAAUUCACUCGGGUGCAGCCUUGGGCAAGGAAUUGAGUCGCCUACUUCGUCUUCCUGCCGACAACUACAACAACCUCCUAACAGUGCUGCAGCUACAGUACUACACUCCUUUGCUUGGUCUCUUAGACUAUAGUGGGCGCAAGAUCCUCAGCACUUACCUUGUUACAAAUGCUGUUGAAAAUGAAACAUUCAUACCGACCCAAGAACAGGUUGAUGCAGUACUGUCCAUGGUUGCAUCACUGAUUUGUGACCAGUCAGAUCAACCUCUGGUGGAACCAGACCCAGAAGAUUUAGCUGAAGAACAGGGGCUACUGGCAAGAUUCCUUCACUUUUUCCAGUCCCCAAGUAGUGAUCAACAGUAUUUAAUGUUGACAACUGCUCGUAAACAUCUGGGUGCUGGUGGCAAUAAGAGAGUGUUGUACACGCUGCCACCACUUGUAUUCCAAGCUUAUCAACUGGCUUUUAAAUAUCACGCAGAGAGAGAAGAGGAUGACAAGUGGAGCAAGAAAGUUCACAAGAUUUUCCAGUUUUGCCAUCAGACAAUUACAGCACUAGUCAAGGCAGAGUAUGCUGAACUACCAUUGAGACUUUUCUUACAAGGAGCUCUUGCCAUUGACAAGAUUGAAUUUGAAAAUCAUGAGACCGUUGCCUACGAAUUUAUGUCUCAGGCAUUCUCCCUUUAUGAAGACGAGAUCAGCGAUAGCAAAGCUCAGUUGGCAGCUAUGACGCUUAUAAUGGGUACAUUCCAGCAGACAACAUGUUUCAGCGAAGAGAAUCAUGAACCUCUAAGAACGCAGUGCGCUUUAGCAGCUUCUAAACUGCUGAAAAAACCUGAUCAAGCACGGGGAGUCACAACAUGCUCUCACCUGUUUUGGUCUGCACGCUCACAAUACACCAACAAGGAAGAGUUGCGCGAUGAGAAGCGGGUUCUAGAAUGCUUGAAGAAGGCCGUACGCAUUGCUAACCAGUGCAUGGAUCCUUCUACACAGAUUCAGCUUUUCGUUGAACUCUUGAAUCACUACAUAUAUUUUUAUGAGAAGGGCAAUUCACAGGUAACUGUGGCAAUGCUUAAUCAGCUGACUAGCAAAGUAAAGGAAGAUCUGGCAAACUUGGAGACUACUGAAGAAACUGAUCAAAUUUCAAGGCACCUUACUAACACACUGACACAUCUUCGACUCAGACUACAAGAACCAGCAACUGACGGCCCUAGUUAUGAAGGUCUCCAAGUUUAACUUGGAAGCCAUCUCCUUCAACACCUCAAAACUCUAUAUGUUGUAUACUAUAUAAUGCAUAAAUAACACUAACUCAUUUCAUUAAUAUGUAAAUAACAAUAGUUCCUUGAAAUUAUAAUCAGUGUAAAAUGUAAAACAUUUGUUGUUCUAUCCUACUGUUCUAGUAGCAUGUGUUUCAGAUAUUUAGAUUUGUUAAAUUUGUUGAUAGAUUUAUUUUUUCUUUAAUGAACUAUUUUUUUUUUUUUUUUUGGCUGGUAUGGUUAUAACUUCUACCUUAGGAUGGGAACUCUACUGCAUCAUUCCAACAUUCAAAUUCGAUAGUUAUACUAUUGCAAUACAAAAUUUUAAUGUUUCUGUGCAUUUCCUAUAUCAAGGGUACAUCAUAUUUGUUAAUGUUAUUUGCUAGAUUUCGAUGCUUUUAACAAACCAUUUUGAACUCUUGGCAUAGAUUUAAGAAUUACUCCGUUUUCAAUUGUCGGUUUCGUCUUUCUAAUAUAUCUAGUAAUUUAA